AUGAAAAGCCCUGGAAAGAAAGCCGCUGGGGCAGCUCCUGGCAGACGGCAGGGUAACCGCCGUCUCCCCUUCCGAAACCCUCUCGAGGCAUUGAACUUUUUGAUCAAUUUACUUCAAGAAAGGAACCAGCACUGCUGCCACUGCGGCUCCCCGAGGGCCUCGCGGGACAGCGCGGAAGACAACCAGCGCAGGGUCCGCGACCAGGGCCAGGCCCAGGCCUUGGUCAGACCCGCUGGACAUCAAUGCGGCCCGGCAGCCCGAGUGCCCAGGGAACCCGAGGUGCCGAAGAAGCCGCCAUCCCCAUUUCUCCUUUUCUGCAGGGAUGAACGCCCUCGAGUGAGCGCCCAAAACACCCGCCUGACCUCGUGGAUGAUAACCUGCAUGCUGGGGCAGCUCUGGAGGGACCUGGACCCUCGGGAAAAGGCCCACUAUUUUGAGCAGGCCGCGGUGCUCAGGCUAGAGCACCGCCGGGCCAUGGCCUCGUAUGGCGCCUGGCAGAGGGCCCGGGAGUCAGACUACACCACAGACAGCCCUGAAACGGAGGAAGCAAGCAUAGAAUGGGAGGAACUGAGUGAGGAGUCAGAGGAAGAGGAAGUAAGUUUCGAACUGGAGGAAGAAAGCUUAGAAGAUGAUGAGGAUAUGAACACCUAA